AUGCCGCCUCCACCUCACAUCAAACCUGAGAAUGUCCUGAAGCGGGCCCAGGAACUUAUCGCCGUCGGCCAGGCCCCUGCUGCCUUGACCGUCCUUCACGAACAUGUCACCUCGAAGCGGACCCGUAGCAGCCCGAUCGCUUCCCUCGAACCGGUCAUGCUCCUCUUCGUUGAACUGUGUGUCGACUUGCGCAAGGGAAAGGCUGCCAAAGAUGGCUUGUACCAGUAUAAGAACAUCGCACAGAACACCAACGUCGGUACCAUCGAAGUCGUCCUCAAAAAGUUUAUCGAACUCGCCGAAGAUAAGGUCACCGAGGCCCAGGCCAAGGCCGACGAAAUUCAGUCAACUCUUGAGUCCGCUGCCCCAUCUUCCAACAUCGAUGACCUUGAGGCUAUUGAAACCCCCGAGACUAUUCUUCUCGCCACUGUCUCGGGUGAGCAGUCUCGCGAUCGUACCGACCGCGCCGUCGUCACCCCUUGGCUCAAGUUUUUGUGGGAGACCUACCGCACUGUCCUCGAAAUCCUCAAGAACAACGCCCGCCUUGAGGUGAUGUACCAGUCGACCGCUCUUCAGGCCUUCCAGUUUUGUUUGAAGUACACCCGCAAGACUGAGUUCCGCCGUCUGUGUGAGCUCCUGCGUAACCACGUCCAGAAUGCCGCCAAGUACUCGACCCAAAUGCACGCCAUCAACCUGAGCGAUGCGGAUACUCUGCAGCGUCAUCUCGAUACCCGCUUCCAGCAGCUGAACGUCGCCGUGGAGCUCGAGCUGUGGCAGGAGGCUUUCCGCAGUAUCGAAGAUAUCCACACCUUGCUCAACUUGAGCAAGCGCCCUGCCAAGAACGUGAUGAUGGCUAACUACUACGAGAAGCUCGCCCGUAUCUUCCUGGUCAGCGAGAACUACCUCUUCCACGCCGCUGCCUGGAACCGUUACUACAACCUGCUUCGUCUUUCCACCAUUGCCCUGGCCACUGGUCAGAGCACCAAGAAGGAAAAUCCUUCCGUCACAGAUGCCGAAAUGACUAAGGCUGCUUCGUUUGUGCUGCUGUCUGCUCUUUCCAUCCCCGUCAUUAGCACUACCCGCUCGCGUGGCGCUCUUGUUGACGUUGACGAGGCUCGCAAGAACAAGAACACCCGCCUUACCAACUUGCUUGGUAUGGCCCAACCUCCAUCUCGUUCCGUGCUCUUCCGUGAUGCUUUGAACAAGGGGCUUCUCAAGCGAGUGCGCCCUGAAAUUCGUGAUUUGUACAACAUUCUUGAGGUUGACUUCCACCCUCUCUCUAUCUGCAAGAAGAUCACCCCUAUCCUGAAACAAAUCGGUGCCGAUCCGGAGAUGGAGAAGUACGUUGUGCCCCUGCAACAAGUCAUUCUCACCCGUCUGUUCCAGCAGCUCUCUCAGGUGUACGAGUCCGUUGAGCUGAAGUUCGUGUAUGAGCUUGCCCAAUUCCCCGAUCCUUUCCAGAUCACCCCGGCCAUGAUUGAGAAGUUCAUUAUGAAUGGCUGCAAGAAGGGUGACCUCGCCAUUCGUGUCGAUCACAUUUCUGGCGUCUUGACAUUCGAUUCGGACGUCUUCUCCUCUUCCAAGGCCCAGCACGCUGGUAGCGGCGCUGGCUCUGCUGAGAGCGAGGUCUCUCGUCUUGCCAAAACUCUGCACGUUACUUGCAUGUACGUCGACCCCUCUUACAAUGAGGCCCGUCUCCAGGCCAAGCAGGCUGCCCAGGCUCGCGCCUUGGCUGGGGCCGCUCAGGAGCACGAAGAGACUCUUGCCCGUCGUGUAAUCAUCGAUAAGAAGAAGGAGGCUGCUACUGAUGCCUUGCAGCGCAAGCAGCGUGAGGAAGAGACUCGCAAGCGUAUCCGCACCCAGCAGUUGCAGGAUGCCGAGAAGCAGCGUCUGGCGGAUGAGCAGCGUGAGCGUGAGCUGAAGCGCAUCAAGGACGAGCAGGACCGCAUUCGCCAGGAGGAGCUCAAGAAGCAGCUCGAGGAACUCAAGACUGGUGUCAAGGGUAUCGACAUCAGCGAGAUCGACAUCGAGGACCUGGAUGCCAACCGUCUGCGUGCUAUCAAGCUUGCUCAGCUUGAGAAGGAGAAAAACGAGCUCAACGAUCGCGUUCGCACCACCGCUAAGCGUAUUGACCACUUAGAGCGUGCCUUCCGUCGUGAAGAACUGAAGCACAUUCCCGAGGACUACGAGAGACAGAAGAAGCAUGACAUGGAGCUCUACGAACGCCAGAAGGCAGAAACCCUGAAGGAAGCCAAGCAGAAGCACGCCGAGGCUGUGGCCCUCAAGCACCGUCUUGGUCGUCUUGUCCCUAGUUUCACUGCUUUCCGUAAGGAAGUAUCUGAGAAGCGUCACGAAGAAUUCGAGAAGCGCCGCAAGGCUGCUGAGCGCGAAUUCGAGGCUAAGAAGAAGCAGCGCAUUAAGGAAGUCCAAGAGCGCCGUCGCCGUGAGCGCCAGGAGCGUGAGGAGGAGGAGCGUCGCCAGAAGGAGGAAGCAGAACGCGCUAAGCGUGAAGAGGAGGAACGUAUUGCUCGUGAUGAGGAGCGCCGCCGUAUUCUCGCCGAAGAGAAGGCCAAGCGGGAUGAGGAAAGAAGCAAAUUGGAUGAAGCUGCUGCUCGUCAAAAGCAGCGCGAGGAGGAGGCGGAGGCCCGUCGCGCUGCCCGCAAGAGCGGUGCCCCUGUCCCAGAGCCUACCGAACGCACCGCUCCCCGUCUCAACCUUGCCCGCCCUACCGCUGCCGGCGGUGGUUGGAGAGAGCGCCAAGCUGCCAAGGAGGCUGCUGGCGGUGCUUCAGAACCUGCUCCUCGUCGUGACCUCCCAGUGCGUGAGCCCGUCCGGGAAGAACCUCCCCGCCGGACUGGCACUGGCUAUGUUCCCCCUCACCUUCGUGCCGGUGCCGCUGGCUCUGGUUCUGCGCCUGCUCGCGAGACCUCUCGCGAUGCCCCUCCCCGCGAUGGCCCAUCUGCCGACCGAUGGAGCCGCCAGCCUCGCGAGGCUCCCUCCGCCCGACCUGAAGAGUCCAAGCCCGCCAGCAGCGGCAAGUGGGUGCCAAGGUGGAAGCAACAGCAGAGCUAA